CAGUGACCAGUUAAAAUGUCAGUGCUUUCUUUAAACAUGGAGACAGCAUAUGGUUCACUGACACUCUUCACUUCAAUACUUCACAAUGUAUUUCUCCUGUACCAUGUGGACAUGUUUGUUUCUGUAUACAAGAUAGACAAAUCUUCAUUUUGGCUUGGGGAGACAAUCUUCUUAGUUUGGAACUCUUUGAAUGAUCCUCUAUUUGGCUGGUUUAGUGAUAAAAAGUUUUUAAACCUGGAUAAAGCAAGAGGGGGAAAUGAAAAUAUAGUAUGGAUUAGGUUGAAUGCUCUCCACCUUUAUGGUCCUUUAUUUGCAAGUGCAUUCUUAUUAUUUUGGAUACACUGGGCUUGGCCAGGCCUUCAGUUUGCCAUAUGUUUAUGUUUGUAUGAUGGGUUUCUGACCAUGAUUGAUCUCCAUCACUCUGCACUCUUAGCUGAUUUGUCACUGUCUGCAGAAGUGAGGACCACAUUAAACUCCAGAUGCUCUAUUUUCAGUGCUAUAGGGUCCAUUUCUGUAUUUUUAUCUUAUUUGGUAUGGAAUAAAACUGACUUGACAGCCUUUCAAAUAUUUUGUUUUGGCUUAGCAGUUUUGUCUUUUACUGGUUACUUAAUCAUGGUGGGUGUCCUGAAGAAAGCUUAUAUGAAACACACUAAAGAUUCAAAUAUUGGAUUGGAAAAGUAAGUAGUGCUAGUCCCAAAUAUGAACAUUGAUUUAUUUUAAAUUAUAAAUAAGAAAUUUACAAAUAUUUUUUAAAAGUCUACAUUUUGUCUCUUUGAUGUUUAUUUCUUUAACAAAUAUUUAAAUUUAAAAAUUAUAAUUUCAGAUAUCACAUCAAAUUUUUUAUUAUGAAACUCACUUUAAAUAAAAGAAAAUUUUCAUUCACAGAUAUCGUCUUUCUGAAACAAAUACAUCUCCAGAAAAUAAAGCCUCUGUCGUAAAAUUUGGAAGACAACUUUUAUCUCAUAAAAAUUUCUUAUGGUUCUCAUUUUUAAAUUUAGUACAGGUAAUAAAACUUUUGCUUCAGAUACCAUAAUAAACUUCACAUUAACUUCAAGUUGAAACCUACAAAUUUUGAACAAACUGUUUUUAAUUCAAAUCAAAUUAACUAAAAGUCAAUUCAUUCUAUAAGUUAUUGAACUAUUGUGAUUCCUUAUUGUUUCGAAUGGCUUACACACAAUAUUUUUUUUCAUAAUAUAUUUCGCACAAAUGAUUUUUUGAUUUUUUCUGUUUUAGGUUUUUCAUUGCCAUUUCAACUCAAAUUUCUUCCCACUUUUUCUGGAUACUCUCCUGGGAGAAGCAGUUAGUCCAACAUUGGCAUCCUUUUUGCUAAGUAAACAUUUUCUAAAUGCAAACCAUCUUACAAAGUUAAUUAACUGGUAAACGUUAUAUACUUUUUCAAAUGGUGACUUUUUAAAUUAUUAAAAAUAUAUUUUUUUUCACCAUCAUGUGACCAGUAGUAACUUAGGCCAAUCAUACUUAGUCCCUUACCAGAAAAACAGAGAACCUGCUCAAUACAUGGGAGAGGAAAAUACAUGGCCCAGGGAUCAGUGAAAGGCAAUGAUUUCUGGAAAAUUCGUACAAUCCAAAAGCUUUACCAAUUGUACAAAGACCCACCCUUAGUCACAACAAAAAAAAAGGCACACUGCGCGUGGCAGGACAUAUUGAAAGGAUGCCGGAUUGUAGAGCAGCAAAAGUGAUAUACAGACAGAAGCCUAGGGGCAGACAGCUCACCGGUCGCCCUAGGCCGAGAUGGAUCGACGAUGUAGAGAAGGAUUUACACCAGUUGGAGGUUCACGCGUGGAGACGGAAAGCCUUGGAUCAAUCCGAAUGAAAGGAUGUGGUGGAGCAGGCCAGUACCCUACAUGGGCUGAAGCACCACUGAUGAUGAUGUCUGAAUGGAAGGAUGUGGUGGAGCAGGCCAGUGCCCUACAUGGGCUGAAGCACCACUGAUGAUGAAGACUUUUUUUUUGGAAGUCUUUUAUGUGAAUGAAUGGGUUAUUUGAGAUUUUAAAAUAAUUUUCUCUAGCUACAUUGAUUCAUUUAUAUGAAACAAUGACCAAAAAAUUAAUGAAUUGAAGUCACCGUAAUAUUGUGUCACAAGUUUUUGUUCUUACGUGCUUUCACAACUGUUCCACACAAGGUCAGAUAUUGCAAAAUCAAAUCAGAAGUGGAAGUCUAAUUUUAGAAUGGUCAAGUUAACUCUCAUUUUAAUAAUGUUUUGUACAAGCAGCUGACCUAUAUUUAAUAUCAGUUACCAGACUGCAAUUACCCAAAAUUGUUAAUUGAUAUUUAUAGCAGAAAUUGAGCAUUGAAAGACAAGGCAACCACAGAUUUCUUUUGAAAGUCAUCAAUUUUUGGAAAUGUUCUGUAUGGUCUAUGGGCCUAUGGUUAGCCAUGGGAAGCGAGUAUCUGUCUUAUACAUUGCCAUAGUCAAACAACAAUUAUCUACUCACUACUAAACAUAUUUUUUGCCAACACAAAAAAAGUAUUUAAAAAAAAGAAGGAUUUUAUUUUUGUACCAUAUUUCUCACACUAGCAAAUUAUUUUAUGGAGUUGACUUGUGUGUGUGUAUGGUUUGGGGGGGGGGGUGUUUAUAAACUUUUCAGGCUUUUCCCUGGCAAAAAUAGGGGAAGCUUAUGAAUAAAAUGGACUUAAUAACAAAUAUGUAUGAUUAUAUAAUUAUCUAAAGUAUGAAUUUUUUAUUUCCUUAAAAGACUUAACAUAAGCUGUUCUAUUUAUUUUAAGCAACUGCUAGACUUUACACUUGCUCAAAAUAGAUUUUUGUAAUAUAGCUUUCUAGUAAUUAUUUUUUUUAUUUUCAGGUAUAUCAUUUAUUGCACCCCAUAUUAAUAACCUGUACUUCUUAAGUCUGUGCCAAAAAUAUGGUGUCUACACUGUGAUAAGGUCAUUAUUUCUUGUCAAGCUUAUACUCAGUCUUCUGAUGUAUGAGGCUGGACCUCAACAUGUUUGGCUGCUGUGCUUUUUUAUUGCUAGGUAGGCUCAUGGGUGUCAUACUUUUUUGAAAGCCAAAAGUUUGUUUAAUGCAGCACUGUGUUUUGUCUUUAAUUAUGAUGUUGCUUCUAGUGCUUCUACAGUUUUUGUCAUUAUUAGUAAACAACUUGCUGGUAUUAUUGUACAGCAAAUAAAUUAAAAGCUGUCUAGUGUAAAAAUAUUUUAUACUAAGUAAUAUCUCAUAUUUAAAUAGAAUUAAUGAUAGUAGGUCUCUAUAUGAGUUGUUUAAUUUUAAGAAUGUAAGUAUGAACUAUGUAAUGCAAGUUUUUUAAAAACAAAAUAAAUUUUUAAUAGCAAUCGAGUAUUCACAGAAGGUACUUGUAAGCUGCUGAGCUUGGUGAUCAGUGACCUGGUAGAUGAAGAUGUUGUAUUACAUUCUCGACCACAGGCUGUGUCUGCUCUAGUAUUUGGCACAGCUGCUCUCAUUUCAAAGCCUGGCCAAACGUUAGCCCCCAUUAUAGGAACCUGGAUACUAGCCAUGCAAACAGGUAAAUGCCGCCAAUGACUAUUUCUAAACAUAGUUCUCAUUCUCAUGUCUGCAUUGUAUUCUCAGUAGCAAAAGUUUUUAAUUUCAUUUGGACUGAGGUGAAUAAAUUAAACCUAAUUUGUUGUGCACAUAAAAAAGUUCUCACUUUUAAUAUAAAUUAUAAUUGCUAUUAAGGGUUGCCAUUAUGUUUGUGCUCCUUAGGCCAUGAUAUAUUCCAAUCUGGCAAUGACUCUGGAUCUCUGAAACUGGACCUCUCAAAGAUGGAACUGACAGAUCGUACAGCAUACAAACAAGGUGUUUUUAUGAUGCUUAUUUGCAUACCCGUCAUCUGUGCUCUAUUACAACUUUUUGCCUGGUCAUGCUUCACACUACGAGGCCAACGGCUGGCUUAUGUUAAAUCAAUCAGGGCAGGAUUAAUGCAUGUUCAGGUUUGAUGUAAAUUGUGAUGCUGCUAUUUAUAUAAAAAUGAAAAAUGUAAAUUUUUGAAAACUAUUGUUAAAAACUGUUCUUUUUGAAUAUCAAAAGUGGCUUUUCAAAAAUUAUCUAUCACUGAUAAGAAUGUUUUUAUAAUUAAUAUAUUUCUUGUUUCACAGAGACAAUCAAAAUAAUGUAGAAAGAAUGUCAAUAAAAAUUUAUAAGGAAUUUAAAG